CGAUAUCUUUUGUUAGACCAACAAAACAGUUGGAAAAAUUGUUCUUAAAUUUUGAAACCUUUCUGUGCCUGUACUCAUGAGACAGCAGCACAUCUGACGGCUGGAUGAAUAAGAAUAGGGGCAAACCUCAAAGACUGGCAUUAGGAGAGCAGGAGUUUGCUCUCUAGGUUAAAGGCAGGCCAGGCACUCGGUGAGGAAAUCCGGGGUGCAGCCUCGGCUGGGCAGGAUCCUCCCCUGGCCUUCACCACGCGGCAGGGGCAGGGUCGGGGACCGCGGGGGCUUCCCCCUUGCGCUUCCCGCCCCGCAGUGGCACAGCGGCGGGAAAGGGAGGAGGGGCCCGGGAGGCUCCUGCCCUCGCAGCACGAGGAAGUGACGCCUUCAGCGAGUCCCGGAGAGAAAGAAACAAAGUUUGCGUUUGUCAGUUGUUUCCUCCCCGCCCUUUCCCAGAGCUGUCUCCUGCCGCCGAGGCACUGUGACUAAGUGGACUUCAUUGUCAUCUGAACUGGAAAGGAUAGACGUAGUAUAGUAAGAGGGGAGGGAAGAAGCACACAAGGAAAGCACAGGGAGAGGCACUUCCAUCUGAACUUGUAAUAAACUGUUACCGUUGGAACUGAGAAAGUGAGCCUUUUUGGUGCCAGUUCUCCCCCGACUUGGAGAUGGGUGUGCUGUAAUUCUGUUUUUAACGGGGGAAAAACUGAACCAUGAAUCUUCAAGCUCAACAGAAGUCUUCCAACAAGAGGGCUGGGAAACGGAUUGCUUAUUUUAAUGAGCAGGAUAUAGCUGUGCCGUCAAAAGAACUUCAGCACCAGCUUAAGGAAGGACAGUACUAUGGACAUGGAGGAAAUAUACCUACCUCCCAAGCUAUGGAAUUUACUAAUGCAGGGGUAUUACCUGGUGCACCCAACAAUGUUGCCUUGAUGAACUCGGUAUAUCCUCCAGAUAGGGGGGAGUCGAUGAUGAUGUCCCAGCCAGUGACUGCUGUCAAAUGGCAAAACUCCUUGAUUGGGAGCCGGUUGCCAGAGAGGUGUGAUUCCAGUUGGCAGCCGUCACCUGCAAUGUGGAACCACAACAUGGCCUAUGGGGGUCACCAGAAAGGCACCCACCCCAGCGCUGGUGCCCCAGGGUUCUAUGGCCAUCCUGGCUCCAUGAAAAGAAACCAGGAAAAAGGGGUGGUGGUUUCCCAGCUCGAACUUUAUGAGGAUGCUGUCCAGCAGAUGAUGUCCCAGAAAAUUCAGUUAGAACAGCAAGCAUUGGUCAGGCAGCAAGCACAAAUUAAUUCAUUCCAUCAGAUGCAGAAGCAGCAGCAGCAGCAACAGCAGCAGAGUCAGAGUCUACCUUUACAGCCUUUUCAGCUUGCAUUUGGUCACCAAGGCCAGAAGCAAGGUCUUCCUGAGUUGUUGCAUGUCUUUCAAGAAGCCCCAACUUGUGGCCCAACCUUUACCACCCAGCAGAAACAGCUUCCUCAGUUGCAGUUGUUUGAAAACUUCUAUCCACAACAGCAGCAACAACAGGCUGCCACACAAGCCUUCAGCCUCCAGCAAGCUACUUCCAUAGCACAGCCUCACGUGGCAGCAGCAGCACCCCAGCAUCAUAUGAUGGCCCACCAGUUCCAGCAGACUGAGAGAAACCAGGAGCUGUUCAAGGCUCUAACAGAGCAGAACCAACAGAGUGUGCUACCUCAGACCCAGUUGUCCUUUCGAAGGAGGUCACGAAGACUCUCCAAAGAAGGGAUUUUGCCAACAUCCUCUGCAGGAGAAGUAUUGGCUUCUAAGCCAGUGGCAGAACAAUCUAGCAAUCUGUUUCUGCACCACUGGCAAUCCCAGCAGCAGCAGCAAGAGAUCCAGCUGCAGCAUCACCAUGAAAUACUGGGCCACAACAAGGGGAGCUAUCUGCAGCCCACAAGAAUGGAUCUUGGACAGAAGGAGACCCUGCUUAACAGUGAGAUGACCCAGCCUGAAACAGAGAGACCAGCUGCAUCGCAGAAUGGCAAGGAUGAGGAGAAGCAGGUGGCAACAAGUGAAGAAAGCACACAGAGAGUGAGUGACUUUCCAGGUGUGAGAGGUGGUGUCAUUCAGAGCACUCGGAGAAGACGGCGUGUCUCUCAAGAGGCCAACUUGCUAACCUUGGCUCAGAAGGCGGUUGAGCUGGCUUCUCUCCAGGAUGUCAAGGAGUUGGAUACAUCAGAAGAGAAGAAGAGCGCAGCAGCAGCAGCAGAACCACCAGCAGCAAAAAGCGUUGUGGAAUUUGCCAGCUCUUCACCAGCCUCCAAAAGAGCACGGGAAGAUAGCAACCUUGUGCCUCUUAUCAUUCCUGUAUCUGUGCCAGUGAGGAAAGUUGAUUUGCAGGACUUCGGAAGGGAAAAGGGUGAAGAAGGGAAACUCCAGAGGGUCCAGGCAAAUGAUCGAGGUCCUUUUGAACGCAAGCCCUCUGUGAUUGUCACCCGAAGAAGGUCCAAUCGCAGUACCAACAUGGAAAACUCACUCCAGUCUGAAGAUGCUGUUCCAAAGGAUGAAGCAGAGAACUUUGCCCGGAAGCCAAAGCAGCGCCCAAGACCUGAGCCACUUUUCAUACCGCCAAAAGCUGGCACCUUCAUUGCCCCUCCAGUCUAUUCCAACAUCACUCCAUAUCAGAGUCACCUACGCUCACCUGUCCGCCUAGCAGAUCAUCCUUCUGAUAGGAACUUUGAGCUACCUCCUUACACUCCACCACCAAUACUUAGCCCAGUGAGAGAAGGGUCUGGGCUCUAUUUUAAUGCCAUCCUCUCAUCUAGUGGCCACACAGUUCCACCUCCAGCAACUCCAAAAAGUGCUCACAGAACUCUACUCAGAUCUAAUAGUUCAGAAGUCACUCCUCCUGUCCUUUCAGUAAUGGGGGAAGCUACGCCAGUCAGCAUUGAACCGCGAAUCAAUGUGGGAACUCGGUUUCAAGCAGAAAUCCCAUUCCUCCGAGAGAGAUCUUUGGCAGAAGGUGAUAAACAUAAGGCAGACUUGGUGUGGUGGCCUUGGGGAGAUCUUGAAAUCAACAAAACUAACCAAGAAAAUGUGGAAAAUCUGUUAGCUGCUGCCUGUUCCAGUAUUUUUCCUGGGGCUGGUACAAAUCAGGAGCUGGCACUGCACUUCUUGCAUGAAACAAAGGGAAAUGUUCUGGCUGCUUUGGGCAAACUGUUGCUGACGGGGCCAGGGCGACCACCAGUCCAUCCCUUGGCUGACUACCACUACACAGGAUCAGACAAGUGGAAAGUUGCAGAGAAGAAACUUUUCAACAAAGGCAUUGCAAUCUAUAAGAAAGACUUUUUCCUGGUCCAGAAACUUAUUAAAACUAAGACAGUGGCACAGUGUGUGGAAUUCUAUUACACGUACAAAAAACAAGUGAAAAUUGGUCGGAAUGGGACCUUAAUCUUUGGGGACAUUGAUGUUGCUAAUGAGAAGUCUAUGAAAGAUGAAGCUGAAAUUGAUAUUAAGAGCUCCCAUAGGUUUGCACGUGUACUUCCUCCCAGAAGAGUUAUUUACAAUGAGGACCAUGGGCACAUGGCGGAAGAGAAUGAGGAGGAGGAGGAAGAGGAGACUGAAGAGAAGGUGGUUAAGGAGGCAGAAGAGUUGGAUGACAGAAAAAGGAGUACAGCAUUUCCCAAAGAUGCACAAACACUACAAGCCAAUGAAAUGGUCAAUGAGGUCAUCAGUUUAAGCAGCCAUGAGGCUAAUGCACCAGGAGAAGCCAGUGGUAGAACUGGAAGAAAGCCUAAAGAAGCAACAGUUAAGUUUCGGAAGACUCUUCCCCCAGGGCAGAGGAGGAGACGGAAACAGAAAAUAAAGCCAGACCUCACAGCUAAAGUGCAAAAUGAAGAAAGCACGUUUCCAUGUAAAAAAUGUGGAAGGGUUUUCUACAAGGUGAAGAGUCGCAGUGCCCACAUGAAAAGCCAUGCUGAACAGGAGAAGAAGGCAGCAGCACUCAAGCAGCAGGAGAGAGAGGCGGCGGCGGCAGCAGCAGCAGCGGUGGCAGCAGCCCAAAGUCAGGCACAGCGGGAGGAGAGCAGCGACAGCAGGAGCAGCAGUGGCAGCAGUAGUAGUGACAGCUCCGAUGAGGACAGGGAGAUUUAGCAACAGGCCAGAAGAGGAGGGAGUAGCCGGGCUGGACCCAACAGGGCAGUGCAGGUCAAUACUCCAUGUGUUUGCUUCCUUUGCUGCACUUUCCUCAUUGGAACAGAGGUCUACCAGGCCUCAGUGUUGCCACUUCCUCAUCCCACAUGCUCCACCUCAAUUUGCCUGAACAGACCGAGCCAAACCAGUGGAUAAUGGAUCUGUGUGAACUUGGAUAUUCUUUUUUACAAAUAAGAUUUAUAUUUUAUUUAUGAAGAGACCCCGAGGUACUCAGUAGAACAGUCAUCCAGAGUGGAAUUCAGUUCUCCAUCAGGUCAAUCAGACCUUCCCUUUGUGCUUUCCUGGAUCUGUGUUGACAAGACCCUUUAUUAGACCCCUAUAAAGCCUUCCAGACCUGAGGAGGAAGAAGGAUAUUCUGCUUAUAGAUGCACAGCAUUUAGUUACUGUGAUGCUGGCAGUGGAUAGAGCUUGCCUUCCACAGCAAAUCCUCCUUUCUGUCACAUCUCUUCCUGCCUUCUGCUAGGAUUGUUCUCCAUGCUCUCUGCUGGCUUUGCUGAAUGAGACAUGACUUAGUGAAACAGGUGCAAAAAGAGAAGACAAAGCCCUGCCCUCUCCUGGAGAGAGAGCAUUUUUUAUUUUUCUGUAGCAGGUGAGAUACCUGCUGGGGUUUUUUUUUUUUUUGUUUUGUUUUGUUUUUUGGGGGGGGUUGGGGGGAGGGAAUCUGUGCCAUAAAGAGUCCUGCAGUGGACGCAAAACAUCCUGUGGGAUGAGAGCAGCAAUGCAGCUCCUGCUAUGUCGCAUAUAGAAAACAAAGCAGUUGAUCUCAGCUCACUUUUUUUGAAAAAUCUGGUUCCCCACACAUAUCAAGUUGAAAGUGGUGGGUGACCUUUUGAGCUUUAACUUGUUACAGAGAGGUUGUUCUAAUGAGGCUUGAACCAAGAUCCCAAUGUUUUUCAUGGAUGGACUUCGGUCUCCUGAUGUUUCCUUAAUUUCCUACCCCAGAUGACCCUUUCCUUCUCCUGGUGGCCUU